UUCCGGGCAGCGGCGAUGGCGACGUGAGGGUCGCUGCGCCGCGGCGGGAUCGGGGCUGGGGAGCGGCCGCGGUGGGGGCCGGGGCCGCGGGACGGGACUCCCGCGCCGCCCCGCCGCCGCCCAUGUGGCUGCAGCAGCGGCUGAAGGGGCUGCCGGGGCUGCUCUCCAGCAGUUGGGCGCGGCGGCUGCUGCUGCUGCUGGCGCUCCUGCUCGUCGCCUACUGGUACCUGGGGGCGGUGCGGCGGCGGGGCGCGUGGCGGGGGACUGAGCCCCGCGGCCCUGCCGCCCUCUGCUUGCAAGCGGCCACGGGCGCCUGGAGGGCGCAGGCCGAGCGCGGCGAUGCGCUGCCGCUGCCAGAGGAGGCGGCUGGGGCCGGCGGGCCGGGGCCGGGGCCGGGGCCAGGGCCAGGCCUGGCGCUGGCGGGUAACGGCUUCCUACUGCUGGACGUCGCCGCCGGCCGCCUCUGGGUGUCGGCGGCAGGAUCAGGCGGCGGCCCGGCGCUCGCCACCGAGUAUCCGGCGUUGGUGCGGCUGAGGGCACUGGGCGGGCGCGGAGAGGCGCGGGCGGUGCUGGCGGCGCUGCGGGACGGUGCCGUGCGCCGGGUGCGCUGCGUCCAGACCGGUUCCGGGACGGGCGCCGGGGACUGCGUGACGGUGCGGGAGGAGGUGGUGGCCCACCGGAGCCGGCCGCAUCUUUACCUGCAGCGCAUCCGCAUUGCCAACCCCACCGAGCGGGUGGCUGCCUUCGAGGCUUCGGCCCCAGCUUCUGCACCCUCGCUGGGUGGCCGCUUCGCCACCAGCCUGGAGAAGGUGGAGGAGAGGCAGUUCCUGCUCUCUUCCGGUCGGCUGCUGCUAGCUGGGAGCCCCAAGGUGGUGCUUAUGGUGGUGGCUGCCAAGAAGUUGGUGAGCCGGGUGCAGGUUGCACCCAAAUCCCAAUUUGACGAAACCAUGCUGUCUGUGGUGUACACCUCAGAGCCCAUUGAGGUCUCCAAGCUGGAGGAGACCUUCAGCAAGCUGAGGGAAUCAGCAAAGAAAGAGAUGCUGGAGGUGAUGCAGAUGGGAGUGGAAGAUCUUUUCCAAGAGCACCAACAGACCUGGUCUGACCUCUUUAUUUCAGGGGUUGAAAUGAGAAAAAUCACAGAUUUGCAUACACCAUCCAGUGAGACUGUUAACAUGACCCUCUACUAUGUGCUGUCAACCAUGCCAGCUCCUCUGCUAGAUCCGCUCAUUAGCAGUGAGGACAGAGAAAAAAUGGAAGCCAGCUUGAACUAUGCUGACCACUGCUUCAGCGGCCACGCAACCAUGCACGCAGAGAACUUGUGGCCAGCAAAGCUGACCAGUGUCACCCAGGUCUUGCAGCUCUCAGACCUGUGGAAGCUAACUCUCCAGAAACGGGGAUGCAAGGGGCUUGUGGCAGCUGGAGUCCAUGGACUUAUGCAGGGAAUGGUGCUUAGUUUUGGGGGUCUGCAGUUCACAGAAAACCAUCUUCAGUUUCAGGCUGACCCUGAUGUACUUCAUAACAGCUAUUCCUUGCGUGGGAUCCAUUACAACAAGGACUUGAUUAAUCUAGCUGUUCUGCUGGAUGCUGAAGGAAAGCCUUUCUUGCAUGUGUCUGUGAAAUUCCAAGACAAGCCAGUUAGACUCUACGCGUGUGAGGCAGGCUGUAUGAAUGAGCCUGUGGAGCUGACCUCAGAGGCGCGAGGUCAUACCUUCCCCGUCAUGGUGACUCAACCCAUCACACCACUGCUUUAUAUAUCGACAGAUUUGGUCCACUUGCAGGACCUGAGACACACACUCCAUCUAAAAGCUAUUCUAGCUCAUGAGGAACACAUGGCCAAGCAAUACCCAGGCCUGCCCUUCCUGUUCUGGUUCAGCGUGGCCUCCUUAAUCACAUUGUUUCAUUUAUUUCUGUUCAAACUCAUCUACAAUGAAUAUUGUGGGCCAGGAGCCAAGCCACUCUUCAGGAGUAAGGUGACUGUCCCUGAUGCCACCCUCUGAAAGCCCAGAAGCUACACAGCUACACUCCAGGGCUGACCUAAUGCCUCUUCCUUCUUGGUACUGGAAAGAGCCUCACAGCAGUGAGUGUACAGCAAACAAGUCUGUUGCCUCAUUUUAAUUUCACCUGCCUAAAAUGAAGAUAAUGCAAGAUUUGAUUCCAGAAACAGGGAUGAAGUGGAAACCAGCUGAAGCUCAGAAUCUGUAGCAGGAAGCAAGAUGUGAGGUGUUGGAAUAACACCCUGGCUCAUUAACUGGAUGGGACCAUUCCAGUGUCCAAGUGAACUUGGUCCUGCUUUCAGCCUCCAUUUGCACAAGACAUCUGACCAUUUUGCAGCUGAGAACAAGGACUUUUUCAAAGCAACAAUCCUUUUGUGCCUUGUUGAGAGGAAUCUGAGACUUGGAAGGUGUAGUUAUUCAAGAGUUCACUCCUGAAGCUUGUGUAACAGAUGUUUCUUUUUCCUUGCAAGCAGUUCCCUAAGAAUAAUCCACUUGGUGAGAAUACUUGAAGAUAUCCUGAGUCCUUUGAUACUCUGAUUUGAUUUUUACAGGCAAAUACAGAAUGAUGAUUCCAUGCAGAGAGUUAACUAGAAAACUGUAAUGAAACUUCCUUUCUGGUAUACAUUUUUUAAUUUAUUGCUUGGGGGGAGGGAGAGAUUGUUAAUAAUUUUGCCUCCACUUUGGUAGCAAGGCAGUCAGUUGAGGUGUAGAUGUUUAAGUGCUGGUAACAGGGUUUCAGCCUUCAUGAUUGUAGAGUGCAAAACCAAUUUAAUUGAAUUGUUUCCUGGAUUUACACUUGGAAAUGCUGAUCUGCAGGUUUCCUCUUCUAAGCAUACUGAGACUUUGUGAAUUGAUUUGUUUUGGCUGAGGAGGAGGGGGGGAGACAUCCACUUUCUAGUGAUGUAAAGGACAUUUGGUUUUCAAAUACCAAAGCUGUUGUUUCUAAUUAAAUAUCUUUCAGUCCAAUCUGAUCACUUGAGUGUGGU